CGCACACAUACAUGCACACACACUUUCCAGAUGAGACGGGCGUGACGCUGCUUUCACUUUUGUUGAGAACUUAACUCCCGCACACAUACGAAAGUUUAGGGGAAAAGAUGAAGACGUUGUUGUUGCUUCUCUUAUGUCGCAUGUCAUCAUCAGUGAAAUAUUCACUGACGUUUAUGUCCACUGGAUUUUCUGGAGUUCCAAAUAUGCCAGACUUUAUGAUAACGACAGAAUUUGGACAAAUGCAACCGGAAUACUGCGACAGCAACAAAAUCAUAAGAAGUUAUCCAGGUUUCUGGGAAAAAGUCAAUCAAAUUGAUCCUCAGAUCCUGAAAUUGUACAGUGAAGGGUGUUUUGAAAUUCAUCCACUGGUUUACAAAGGUGUUAUUAAUAAACUGAAGGAAAACAACACAAAUGAAGCUGUCCACAUUUUACAGGGUAUGGUUGGCUGUGAGUGGGAUGAAAGUACUGGAGAUGUGACCCCCUUUUUACGGCGUGGUUAUGAUGGGGAAGACUUCAUGGAAUUAGACAUGAAAACAUUUACAUGGAUUGUUCAAAACCCCCUGGCUGCCCCAAUCAAACAAAUGUGGGAGACCAACCCAGGUACUAAAACCAUUUUGAGGCAAUUCUACACUGAGAUUUGUCCUCACUGGCUCAAGACGUUUGUGUCUGUUGGACCUCUUAAGGAAACAGAGCUUCCGUCAGUGUCUCUCCUCCAGAAGACUCCCUCCUCUCCGGUCAGCUGCCACGCUACAGGUUUCUAUCCUAACACAGCUCUGAUGUUCUGGAGGAAAGAUGGAGAGGAGAUCCAUGAAAAUGUGGAACAUGGAGAGAUCUUACACAACCAUGAUUGGACCUUCCAGUUAAGUGUUAAAUUGGAGGUUUCCUCAAUCCCACCUGAAGACUGGAGGAGGUACGACUGUGUGUUUCAGUUCUCUGGUCUAGAAAACAACAUCACAACCAUCCUGGACAAAAACAUGAUCAGGACUAAUUUGGUUUCUCCAUCAGAGUUUCCUUCUGGUGCAGUCAUCGGAGGUUGUGUAGGACUGCUGCUGCUGCUGCUCUGCAUCACCGGACUCUUCUUCUGGAAAAGGAAGAAUAACGGGUUCAGACCUACAAACACCUCAGAUUCAUCAGAGAAAACUUCAGAUCCAAGUCAACGAAGUGAGACCGUAGAGCAGGUCGUUCCAUGACUGGGAGGUUGGUGGUUCAAAUCCCACUUCAUCCCAGUCCCUCUGUUGUUGUGUCCUUGGAAAUGAUGAUGAACUCCAGUGAGCUUCUGAUCACAUCAGUCUGUUAUAUUUGGUUGGAGCACAAACAGUAGAGACAUCCCUGGAAAAACUGAUGUUGCUGACUGAGUGAGGAAAG